GACCAUUUUUUCAACAUUUUCAACAUCUCACGAGAGAUAGAGUUGAUUCGAAGAAUUUAGUCUAAUUUAAUUACUUGUCUGUGGCGCUGUGUAUUGUGUGACACUUUUUUUUAGGAGAAAACUGAAGCAAUAAAAACCAUGCGAAUUGAGGCAAUCGUUUUAUCUUUUUUGGCGCUGUGGCGUACAACAAAUGCUUAUUCAAACUGUCAACCCAAAAGCUAUUAUGAAUUGGGUUCUGGUGAAUCAGUAACAGUUAAUAGUCCAAAUUAUCCGCCGUAUGGAUUUAACGUGAAUACAGCUUGUCAGUUUACGGUUUCUGGACCAAUUUAUCAUGAAAUGUCAGUUUCAUGCCACUUUUAUAUUGGGGUUCAAGCUGCAGAUGGAUCAUGUGAUGUAAGAGAUAGUCUGCAAAUACUAACCGAUGGUACGACCAAUUUUGCUAGAGGAACUGCAAUGCGUUUCUGUGGUUCAGAUAAAACCAUAUCCAACCUUAAAUCAGCACAUAACUCAGUUACGAUCGCAUAUACGUCAACAGAGUAUUCUGGAUUUUAUUCCUGCGAAAUAAAGGCAAUUUCCAAAAGUUCAUGUGACUGUGGCACCAAAAAUAUUCCGAAAAUUGUUGGAGGUCAAGCGGCGGAAAUGAAUCAAUACCCUUAUAUGGCUGCUAUCAUGAAGAAGAGUCAAAGUCCUAUUCUCAAGGGUGGAGGAACGAUACUGUCCACAAACGUUGUGGUAUGUGCAGCUCAUGAGCUUUGGGAGAAUGGUGCUAUAAUGUCAGCGAAUACAUUACUUGUAACAGUUGGACGCCGAAAUUUGAAAUUAGCUUUGGCAGAUGACACACCAUAUGCAGAAAAUUAUGAUGUCGCCCAAGUCAUUUCGCAUCCACAAUAUGAUUACAAUACUGGAAGAAACGAUAUUGCUGUCAUUCUGGUGAAAGUAAACUUUAGAUUCAACAGAGGUGUACAGCCAUGUUGUUUGCCAUCCUCGAAUGAACCGCAAAACAAGUACUAUGGGCAACAAUUGAGAGCAAUGGGUUAUGGAGCGGUUGAUUUCGGAAAGGAUUAUUCGUAUUAUUUGAAAUAUGUUGACCUGUCUGCGAUGUCGAAUAGUCAAUGCGCUGCAUAUUAUGGAAAUGAUUUGGUUGUAUACAAUGAAGAUUUAUGUCAUAGUAGUAGUGCUUCUGGCGACACGUGUCAGGGUGAUUCUGGUGGGCCAAUAAUUCAAGUUCGUUAUCGAGAUUUCUUGGCGUGUUUGGUAAAAACUGGACCGGAUUGUGCUGGUGGUGCUCCCGGCAUGUGUCAAAAAAUUGGACCAUACAUUGAACCCUUCAUCAUGAAAGUAUCGCCACCAAAAAAUUAUUACUGUCGUUUUGAAUAAAUUGAAUCCAAAAACACCUAUCCAGA